AGCUGGGUCAGAGUGGGGCACUGGGGACUCAGCUCUGUGCUGGAGAGCAGCAGGAGGACCAGCGUAGAGCCAGGAGAGCAAAGAGGCUGCCUGAUCGAGGUGUCUGUCUGGAGCAGAUUCUGUGGACACCAGCUCCUACUGUCUGUGAGGGAGACCCCAGUUACUUCCUUAGCUGUUUCAGCCAAGCCCUCCCGGCUUUUGUGGCCACCUCCCCAGGCAAGGAGUGGGGCUUCCAUCCGCUGAGAAAGGUACUUGCAGAGCCAUGAAGAAGCGGUAUGUGGUGCUGGCCCUGCUGGCCGUGGUCCUAGUGAUCUUCAUCAUCAUCCUGUGCCUUUGCCUGCUCUUGACCUCCAAGCCACAGAGCCACGUCUACCCCAGGGCAGCUGUGGCCACAGAUGCCAAGUAUUGCUCAGAGAUCGGGAGGGACAUGCUGAGGGACGGUGGCUCGGCGGUGGAUGCUGCCAUUGCGGCCCUGCUGUGUGUGGGGCUCAUGAACGCCCACAGCAUGGGCAUCGGGGGCGGCCUGUUCCUCACCAUCUACAACAGCACCACGCGAAAAGUUGAGAUCAUCAACGCCCGUGAGGUGGCCCCUGGGCUGGCCUCCCAAGGCAUGUUCAACAGCCCGGAGCAGUCACAGAAAGGGGGGCUGUCGGUGGCAGUUCCCGGUGAGAUCCGAGGCUAUGAGUUGGCCCACCAGCGGCAUGGGCGGCUGCCCUGGGCUCACCUCUUUCAACCCAGCAUCCAGCUGGCCCGCCAGGGCUUCCCUGUGGGGAAGGGCUUGGCAGCAGCCCUGGAGAAAAACAGGGCUGUCAUCGAGGAACAGCCUGCAUUGUGUGAGGUGUUCUGCCGGGAUGGGAAGGUGCUGCGGGAGGGGGACAGACUGACCAUGCCGCAGCUGGCCAACACAUACGAGACGCUGGCUUUGGAGGGAGCCCAGGCCUUCUACAACGGGAGCCUCACAGCCCAGAUUGUCAAGGACAUCCAGGCGGCUGGGGGCAUUAUGACCACCGAGGACCUGAACAACUACCGUGCUGAGCUGAUAGAGCAGCCACUGAACAUCAGCCUCGGGGACGCCCAGCUCUACGUGCCCAGUGCCCCACUCAGUGGGCCGGUGCUGGCUCUCAUCCUCAACAUCCUCAAGGGGUACAACUUCUCCCCAGCGAGUGUGGAGACACCCGAACAGAAGGGUCUCACCUACCACCGCAUCGUGGAGGCCUUCCGGUUUGCCUAUGCCAAGAGGACCCUGCUUGGGGACCCCAAGUUUGUCAAUAUGAUGGAGGUGGUCCACAACAUGAGCUCCGAGUUCUUUGCCGCCCAGCUCCGGGCCCGGAUCUCUGAUGAUACCACUCACCCGUUCCCCUACUAUGAGCCUGAGUUCUACACGCCUGAUGAUGGUGGUACUGCCCACCUGUCCGUGGUCGCAGAGGACGGCAGCGCUCUUAGGCUGACUCAGCUUGGUCUUCACUUCGGUUCUAAGGUACGAUCACGGGUCAGUGGGAUCCUCUUCAAUGAUGAAAUGGAUGACUUCAGCUCCCCCAACAUCACCACAUUCGGGGUGCCCCCCUCACACACCAACUUCAUCAAACCAGGGAAGCAGCCACUCGCAUCCAUGUGUCCAGCGAUCAUCGUGGGCCGGGAUGGCCAGGUCCGCAUGGUGGUGGGUGCCUCCGGGGGCACGAAAAUCACCACAGCCACCCUGCCCAUCAUCCAUAGCCUGUGGUUUGGCUACGAUGUGAAGCGGGCAGUAGAGGGAGCCCGACUGCACAACCAGCUUCUGCCUAACACCACGACCCUGGAGAAAGACACUGACCAGGCGGUGGGUUGCACUGCCCUGAAACCCGGCACCAACCACGCUGAGGGUCACUUCCAACUCAUCGCUGUGGUAAAGGCCAUUGUCCCCACGGGUGGCUGGGCAGCUGCACUCAGUUCCAGAAAGGCGGGGAGCCCUGCUGGCUACUGAGUACUCAGGGCGGCAGGCUGACUGGCGACCAAAAGGAUGAGAAUUGUCCGCUGGACCAAAAGUGGGGACUUUGAGGGAUGUGCUUCCCCUGUGAGUGACAAAGCAGUGCAAUAAAUGGGGGCCACACCAUCAGUUUUCUGGCAGCCUUGCCAGCCAGGCUCCCAUACCCUGGACCUCA